AUGAUCCAAAUCAACCAGCACGACAUUGAGAAAGCGCGAACUCGAUAUGAGACAGAGCGAGAAAAGCGAUUGCGGCCAGAUGGAAUGUUCCAGUACACCGAUAUCAAAAAUGCUGAUGCAGUGAAUGGACCCAUCUGUCCACAGAUCUCAGGCGACGUCAAUAUAUUGCAAAAAUGCCGCGUGCUUAUUGUUGGUGCCGGGUUCGGUGGACUUCUUUUCGCCGUCAGGUUACUCCAGUCUGGCUUCCUCCUCGCGAACGAGACUCUUCUCGUGGACACAGCUGGAGGAUUUGGAGGGACCUGGUGGUGGAACUCAUAUCCUGGGUUGACCUGUGAUGUCGAAAGCUACACAUACAUGCCGCUCCUCGAAGAGACAAACUACAUGCCAUCGCAGAAGUACGUCUCUGGGUUGGAGCUGAAGGAGCAUGCCCAACGCAUCGCGACGAAGUGGAAAUUGAGCGAGAGAGGCCUUUUCGAAGCAAAGGUUGAGGAACUGACCUGGGGCGAUCGUGAGGGUCAAUGGACUACAAGAAUCACACGGACCGAUGGAGCUUCUCGAUACAUCAAAUCCGAAUUCGUCAUUAUGGCCACUGGGCUUCUACACUCUCCAAAGAUCCCCAAGCUGCAUGGUCUUGAACAAUUCCAAGGAAAGGUAUUCCACACCUCGCGCUGGGAUUACGACUACACCGGAGGUACUCAGAAAAAUCCGACAAUGGACCGAUUGAAUGACAAAACAAUUGGCUUUGUCGGAACCGGAGCAUCUGCGGUUCAAGCAAUUCCUCAUCUUGCACAGUGGGCCAGGAAACUAGUUGUUUUUCAACGAACGCCAUCCGCGGUCGAUUCACGCAACAACCGUCAAACGGACCCAGGUUGGUGGAAGGAAUAUACAGAGUCGGGGGAGCUGGGAUGGCAACGGCGGCGAAUGGAGAAUUUCAACGCUUUCCUGUCUAAUGAUACUCCUUUCCCCGAAGUCAAUAUGGUCGCAGAUCGGUGGACCGAAAUGCCCUCUUUCAGCGUGCUCAUCGGUGGUUCACAUGCUCUUGAAUCAGAGUAUUUGACACGGAUGAACGAGAAAGAUCUUUAUCGCCAAGAAUCUAUUCGACGUCGCAUUGUCGACGCAGUGACCGAUCGGGAUACCGCAUCCAAAUUGCAGCCUUGGUAUGAUGGAUGGUGCAAGCGGCCAUGCUUCAGCGAUGACUUCUUGGAGACAUUCAACCGAUCAAACGUCACCUUGGUUGAUACGGAUGGAAAAGGAAUCAACGAUCUCACUGAAGCAGGUAUCCUUGUGGGAGAGCAAGAGUUCAGCCUGGAUGCCAUUAUUUUGGGAACCGGAUACAGCCUCGGGGGAAGUGCUGAUCGAGGCAGCAUUUCCAUAACCGGGCGCAACAACAUAACCUUCCAGCAAAAGUGCCAGAGUGGUCUGGCGACUUUACACGGAGUCUGCACAAAUGGGUUCCCCAACCUGUUUUUCCCGGGUCCCUACCAGGCCGGCGCGACCGCCAACCAGGUUUAUGUACUCGAUCAGUUGGCUCUUCAUGUGGCUCAUAUCAUAUCCGAAGCAGGAAAAUUAAAAACAGCAGAACUCAGUAGACAGGAUGCAAUGUUUACUGUUGAGCCCAGCGUUGAAAUGGAAAAUCAGUGGAAAUCAAAGGUUUUGUCGAAAGCCUGGGCCCUCAGAGGGACUCUCAACUGCACUCCAGGAUAUUUCAACCGGGAGGGACUCAGGAUGAGUGAGGAUCAAGCGUAUCUUGCAGCGCAUUUCAGCAUUUGGGGCGAGGGUAUUGCCAGCUUCAUCAGGGAGAUUGAAGGCUGGCGAAACGAAGGCCGAUUGGAUGGGCUUGAGAUUUGGUCGCGAUGA